AUGGGAAAUUACAAAUCCAGACCAACCCAAACUUGCACGGAUGAAUGGAAGAAGAAAGUUAGUGAAUCAUACGCUAUAAUCAUAGAGCGAUUAGAAGAUGACCUGCAGAUCAAAGAAAAGGAACUGGCCGAACUGAAGCAUGUUUUCAGCUCUGAUGAAGCCUUCUGCCAAGUCAAUUUAAAUUACCGCACAGAAAAUGGGCUCUCUCUUCUUCAUUUAUGUUGCGUAUAUGGGGGUAACAAAUCACAUAUCAGAACUCUUAUGCUAAAAGGACUGCGCCCAUCCAGGUUAACCAGGAAUGGAUUCACAGCUCUCCACUUGGCAGCUUAUAAGGACAACGCAGAGCUCCUGACAGCGCUGCUGCACGGCGGAGCUGACAUCCAGCAGGUCGGCUACGGAGCGCUCACAGCCCUUCACAUUGCUACGAUAGCGGGUCACCAUGAGGCAGUUGAUAUCCUUUUGCAGCAUGGAGCUUAUGUGAACGUUCAGGAUGCAGUUUUUUUCACUCCACUGCAUAUUGCUGCAUAUUAUGGCCAUGAACAGGUAACGCACCUCCUGCUAAAGUUUGGAGCUGAUGUGAACGCAAGCGGGGAAGUUGGAGACAGGCCCCUCCAUUUAGCUUCUGCCAAAGGCUUUCUCAAUAUAACCAAGCUCUUGAUGGAAGAGGGAAGCAAAGCUGAUGUGAAUGCUCAGGACAACGAAGAUCAUGUUCCUCUGCACUUCUGCUGUCGAUUUGGACACCAUGAAAUUGUGAAGUUCUUAUUGCAGAGCAGUUUUGAUGUUCAACCCCAUGUGGUUAAUAUCUAUGGAGACACACCUUUGCACCUCGCUUGUUACAAUGGAAAGUUUGAAGUUGUCAAGGAAAUAAUUCAGCUCUCAGGAACGGAAAGUCUCACUAAAGAAAAUAUAUUCAGCGAAACAGCUUUCCACAGUGCUUGUACCUAUGGAAAGAACAUAGAACUUGUAAAAUACCUUCUUGACCAGAAUGUUGUAAGCAUCAAUCACCAGGGAAGAGAUGGACAUACAGGAUUACACUGUGCUUGCUACCAUGGUCAUAUUCGUCUAGUGCAGUUUUUACUGGAUAACGGAGCCGAUAUGAAUCUGGUAGCUUGUGAUCCCAGCAGGUCUAGUGGAGAAAAAGAUGAGCAGACCUGUUUGAUGUGGGCUUAUGAGAAAGGUCAUGAUGCUAUUGUGACCCUUCUGAAGCAUUAUAAAAGGCCCCAGGAUGAGUCGCCCUGCAAUGAGUACUCACAGCCUGGAGGAGAUGGUUCCUAUGUGUCAGUUCCAUCCCCUCUAGGAAAGAUUAAAAGCAUGACUAAAG